GUUCUCUCCAGCGGAAGUCAGGCAGCAGGCGGAACAGAAACAAACAGCCUUUCUUUCAGGGGGGACUCAUUACAUCGCUGCACACUAAUAUGUCAUCUGUCGGGAGACAGCCUUGUUUUUAAGGGAUGUGUGAAGCAGCAGAGAAGGACCUGUAUGCUGUCCUGGGAGCCAGCCCCUCAGACUCAGUCCAACAGCUCAGACACCGGUACCAGCAGCUGGCCUUACAGUACCACCCAGACCGUCUCGGAGGUUCUUCAGAAGCAGAGUCUGGAGUGAAGAAGUUUCUAGAAGUCGAUGCAGCCUGGAGGAUCCUCAGUGACCAGAUCACCAGGAGAGAGUAUGACCUGCAAAGGAGAGCGCGGGAACUGAAACAGGAUUGGCCAGUGGAUUCUACAGUCUAUCUGGAGGACAUGACCUGGGACCAGGAUGAGUGUGUGUAUACGUACAGCUGUCGCUGUGGAGGAGGAUUCAAUGUCUCGGAGGAGGAGGUGGAGGAGGAGACACAGAGGAGGCAGCAGGAUGAUGAGGAAGAGGAGCAGCACAGAGGAGUGGUCGUUUGCUGUGACACAUGUUCCCUCAGUGUGUGCGUCACAUGGUCGUUACAUGGAAAGACUCAAAUGUUAAAAUGCCAAUAAUGAUGCUUGUUUGGAAACCUCUCACCUUUGACACGCCUGACUACUAAAUAACUGUGUCAACAUCGCCCUACUUGGAACGGGACACCAAAUUAUAUAAGCGUACUGUUGGUCGGUGGAAGAGUUCUCUCAACAUCUCAGACUUUGUGCUCAACAUCACUUCUGUGUAGGCGACCAUGAAGAAAGGCACCGAAGCACCUGUAAAGCAGCUCACUGGCUGACUCCCUGAAAACACAUUCUGUAUGCAUGGGACAGUUUGUGAAUUGUGAAGUGUGUGAAGGUGAAUGUUGCUGAUCAGCAGUGGUGGAUAAACUGAAUUUGAAUUGGUCUUUCUUUGAAGUGUACUGUUUAAUUUUAUUGUAUAAUUUAAUUGUAUAGUGUGCAAUGUAUAGGCAUUUAAAUCAUACAAAUUAGAUUGUGAUAAAUACUAUACAAUAAAAAAUAAUUGUUUUUCUAUUGGUGCCUCUAAAGAAAAGAGUGAUUCAUAAUAUCUGAAAAAUGUGUUCAAGUACUUGUUAUGACAACAGUUCAAGAUAAAAGAAUACAGACUUGUGCCAGAUCAUUGACAAGCUAACUCAGUUAUCUCAAUUAUACACAAAACGAGGAUCUAAACACUUCUACCAUUGACAAUGAAUCUGUGCAUUUUCUCUAAAUACCUGUGAAAUUCAUGGCAGUAAUAACAGGCACGCACAUUCCCCACAGUGCAGCCAUAACAGGUGUAGGUUUUAUUUUAGGUUCAUCCAAUCAAGAGUGAGGUGAAGCCCUCUUAUUCUCUCGUAAAUACAGGGACUUGUGGAUAUGGGAAAUGUUUUCCAACGAUCCUGCAGCUGACUGUAUAGUGUGUACAGAGCUCCAAGUUAAAAUGUGACCGCUUAGCUGUAAGACCCAAAUUAAAUUUGUUCUGUGCAACA